CGCCGGUCACACUGCAUCGACCAGACUGAACUCAAAACAAUAUGGAAACCAUUAAUCCCACGUUCUCGUACCUCACCAAUCUGGAGGUGAUGCAGAUACUGCAGAAAAUCAAGAGCACCAAAAAGAAGUUUGGCAUGCGAAAUUUGGCCACAGUUACCUACGAGGCACUGCAGUACCUAGAGGAGACGCCCUGCAAGACCCAAACCCGCGAGGCCAUCAUAAACUACGUAAAAGACUUGUCCUCCUACCGACUAAAGUCUCACGAGGUCCUACAAAUGGUCAAUGAUCCGCCAACAAGUGCCCUGCACACGCAGCUGCUUAUCGACGACAAUAAGGCACCCCUGACGGACGAGGAGAACGAGAAGAUCAUCCAGCUGAGCUACAAACACUUUCACGGUUCGGGAGACACCAAACAGGCGCCGACUGAGCCAACUGCAAGGCAAAAGUCAACUGCAAAGUCUGCUUCAGCGACAAAGGCCCCAGAGGCAGAGGCUGCCGAACCCCCAGCAACCGAGGUUGUUGAAGACUCAGCAUCCACAAAUACAGCUCCAGCGGAAGAGGACCAGGACCAACCAGAAACCGAAGUCACAGAGGCUGAGCCAGCAGCGACAGCCAUAGAAACAGAUGAAACAGAGCCAGAAAAUCAGUCCAAUAAAUGACUAAACUCG